AUGUCUAUUUCUAAAAAUUCGACCAGAAUGCGGUUAGAAAGACACUUUGAUUUGAACGAGAAAGUUAAGAGAAUUGCUUUUGUCCAGUGCAGUUAUAUAGAAGAAGUGGGAAAACUUGCCAUAGGGAAUGCUGAAUAUGGGGUAAGCAUUUUUAUAGAAACUGAAUUUGUGUCUCACAAGGUUGAACAGGGACGAUCGCAAAUAAAUAUUCUAGAUGUGUUACAGGGAUUACAAGCAUUAGGUGAUGACCUUAAAUCGAUCAUCCUCUAUGCCGAUACGCUUGACAGCAAACCAUUUGCCAUCCCACUUCCAAAAAAAUUUGUUAUACGUCGACGCCCAAAGGUCCAAACGUCGUUCUUGAAAGUUGCAGAACCUCAGCCAACCAACAUCCCUCAUUAUUUUCCUGCAUUUCCAGACAAACACACUUAUUCUAACAGAUAUGGCUUGCGCUCAGCGAAAAAAAUAGAAAAAAAACAUACCGAUAGAAGGAAAGAAAGUAAGAUCAUGUUGAAGGCUGAAAGUGGUUCCUUCAAUGGAAAUGUAAUGAACAAAGUAGGGGAGAAUUUUAGGAAGAUAAAAAGAAAGCAGGAAAUCGAAAAAUUUGACACUUUUAUGGAUCGUUAUAACGUGAAUUUUUGCGGAAAAUGA